UAGCUAGCUUGCUUCUGACCACUCCAUCCAUCACAGCGCCGGAGCCCGAUCGACUCUAGCUUACGAGCAGAGGAGGUCGCCGUCGGGAAGAAAAAGGAUUUGUGAUGGGGAGGUCGCCGUGCUGCUGCCACGACGUGGGCGUCAAGAAGGGGCCGUGGACGGAGGAGGAGGACAAGACGCUGGUGGAGCACAUCCAGAAGCGCGGCGGGCACGUCGGCAGCUGGCGCGGCAUGCCCAAGGCCGCCGGCCUCAACCGCUGCAGCAAGAGCUGCCGCCUCCGGUGGACCAACUACCUCCGCCCCGACAUCAAGCGCGGCAACUUCUCCGACGACGAGGAGCGCCUCAUUAUCACCCUCCACGCCGGUCACGGCAACAAGUGGGCGACGAUCGCGACGCACCUGGAGGGCCGGACGGACAACGAGAUCAAGAACCACUGGAACACGCACAUCCGCAAGAAGCUCCUACGCAUGGGCGUCGACCCCGUCACCCACCAGCAGCUGCCACCCGACCACCAGCUCGACGGCUCCUCCGCCGCUCUCCUCCCCGAGGCGCUCCUCUGGGCAGCGGCGGCAGCGACCCUCGGCGGCCUGGACAUCGGCGCUCUCAGGCAAGCGCAGCUUCUGCAGCACCUCCUCCAGGCCGGCUCCAACAACGACGCAACUAACCUCGUAGCCAACUUGAUGGCUGCAUCAAAUGUUGGGCUGAACUCAAGCAACAGCAUAGUUCCAAACAUCCUGCUCCAGGACAAGUUUAACAUGCUGCCUGGUACGAACUAUCUACAGCCGGGCUACCUCUGCAACACCUCCAAUUUUGCAGAGCAAGACGUGGUGCAGCAGCAGCUGAUCAAUGCUAUGUCUCCGGGAACGAGUUCCUUUGCAGCAGCUGAACCAGCUGAUCAGCUCUGCAACACUGCUGCAUUCACAGCGCGUGAUAUUGCACCGGGGAUUGACAUGCUGCCGGUGCAGGAGUUCGCCGGCUUGAUGGAGCCCAUGGAACAACUACCCAAUCUAUGCUCCCUAGAGAGCGAUUCUUUCUGGAAGGAACUACUUGAGGACGGCUAUCGUCUAUAGUUUCUUUUUCCAAAUGAAAUAGAUGUGUUGUGUAUGAUGGUGUUGUACAUAACCUAUAACGUUUGCUUCAUGCAACCAGGCCAGGUACAUGCAGAUGCAGUGUUAGAUCCAUCAUAGAGGAGUA